GCUGGACCUUGGCAUCUGGGCUGGAGCCCAGCACGGGCUGGGGCGAGCAGCAGGAGCCCAGGGGUGCCCUGAAGGGCCAGCAGAGGCCACCGAGCGCUGGUGGCUGCAGCUUGCCUUCGGCCUCAUCCCCAGUGCAGCGGAGAAGCAUCUUCAGUUCCCAGCAUCUGGGGUACCCCCUGGCCAGGGCACAGAGAGCGGUGCAAAGAGAUGCUUAGGGAUGAUGUUGAACAGGGGGAAUGCUCAGCUGUAUCCUAGCGUCUCUCUGGGACGUGCCUGGGGCUGACAUGUUCCCGUGUUUGCUGUCACUCCUGGAGAGCCCCUCUCUUCCAUCCAGACAGGAUCCAUCCGCCUCCCAGAGAGCUGCCUCAGGAGCACGGCAGCAAGCCAUGGCCAUCAUGAGACCGGGCCCUGAAGAUGCCUCCCCAGAGCCCCAUCUGGACCUGGGGAAGAAGAUGAGCACAACACACGACCUGAUGGUCGAGGAGCUCUCCCUGCCGAACAACCGCGGGUCCCGGCUCUUCCAGCAGCGUCAGAAGCGGGUGCAGCGCUUUGUCUUUGAGUAUCCCAGCGGCUCCAGGCAGCUCCCAGGACAAGGGGCAGGUGGCUCACACCACACUAGGAAGGGUGGUCCAGAGGGAACAGCAAAUGAUCAGAUGGCAGGGGAGAAUGCUGGGGGCCAGGAGAAUUAUCACUCCGAGCUCCACGUAGCAGCAUCACCCCAAGGUGGCCCCCCAGAAGUACCCAAGAAGUCAGAGAAGGUCUUGCACAUGAGCAAAGUCCUGAACCCCAGUGCCCUGGCCCCAGGGUACUCGAGCCCCCUCAAAGAAAUCCCCCACGAGAAGUUCAAUGUCACCGCCAUCCCCAAGGGCUACCGGUCCCCAUGGCAGGAGCUCUUUGGUGACAGGGACAAUGCCGUGUCUGCCAAGAACGCACCACCCAUGAGACCUGCUGCAUGGGACUUCAGGAGCUUCAACAGGACUCCGGCCCCGUUUGACAGGACGUUGGUUGGUGAGCUGUACUCUUUGCCCACCGUAGAGCUGGACAACCUGAGCGUGCUGGAGGUGAUUUCCCACAGGCCCAACUUCAACAGGGUGGCCCAAGGCUGGGUGCGGAUCCUGCCGGAGAGCGAAGAGCUGUAGGAGGUGCGCUCCCUUCCCCACGGCCACGGAUGGUUCCCUCACUGGACUCAGACACACUCACAGGGAAGGGGAGGGCAGGGGGGCAGGUAUCCUUUGUGAAAGGUGCUGGUGGGCUCGGGUUGUCAUCUUCGAACGGGGUUUGAAUGAGCUCGAGUGUGGGGCCGUUCUGACUUCCCCUCGCUGUCAGUGCCAAGCCAACCAGCCAAGUCCUCGCUGUUAAUCCAGCAGAUCCCCGCAAGCUCCCGUACAAAACACCCCAUACAGCCUGCCCUCCUCCCUGCCUCAUGGAAAACAGCAGCAGCACCAGCUGCAACACACCAAGCUGCCUCACUGCAUCCUCGCUGACACGCGAGACCAGCUCGGACAGCUGGUGCUUUUGCAGAGAAAUUCCACCCUCAGGACAACCCUGCACCUGUCAUUCCAGACAGGACGCAGAGAGGAGGCGAUAAUGGAAGAGCAGAAGCAAAACAAGUUACUUGAGGCAUUGGCAUGUUUAAAGCAGCCACCUUGAGCUUGGCUGGACAACAAAACCAAAUGAAGGAGUGGGACUCUACCUGCUUACCAACACAGCACAGCCACGACAGGGGGGAGAGAACACUGGGAGCUGGAAACUUGUGCCCUGUUUUCCACAAGCUACUGGCUAGCACUUGGCAACUAUUUUCCCCUUCCUACUGCUCUUUGCAUGUCUUGCUUGAACAUGUAAUGUAGGCUCUCUGGGUGACAUGGCAGAUUUGCUUGAUGUGGUUGGUGAAGGAUCAGGCCCUGCCUGGACCCACUGCCCUGCAGAACCACACCGGUGUGAGGAUGCUUGCUGUGGUGUUCUGGUAACGUCAGCACCAGUGGGAAGGAAAAGCAGCACGGCCUGCAAAAAACAAGCAGGGGCUUCCCUGGGAAUGUGAAAAUCAGCAGUGAAGAUCCAGCUACACCAUUUUCAGCAGUGACACACAGAGGGACACGCAGCUAACAACAGCCUACAGUCACCAGAACAUCUGGGGAACUCCACUCACAAACAGCUGACUCAAAACUGGCUUCCUUCAAUUGCUUUUGUCAGGUUCUUAAUGUUACCCUUUCUCAUACUCCCAAAAGCAUCAGGAUAAAAUUCCUUUUUCCACCACUGUGGUUAAAUGGGCAAGAAAAUGUUGUGGUAAAAAUGCAGUUAGCAGCUGCCUCAUUUGUGAGGUUUGUAACACUGUGCAGAGCAAACCCCACGCAAGGAUUCUGCUGCCACAACGUAUCAUUCAGGUGGGAAGCUUUCAUUACUGUUUCCCACAGAAGCAGGAGGAGGCAAGCAAAUGGAAAGAAAAAUGGUUUGUUCCUUAGAAACAAUAAAUCUGUGAUGCUUAACUGCU